UUUAAAAAGGGAUGGGUAGGGAAUCUAUUUAGGAACGGUUCACAUCAGCUAAGUUCAGUCACAUUCCCAGGCGCAGUGAGCAACAUACAGCAUACCAAAUUGUUCAAAGAAAUGGCAUUACUAUUUUAUGUAGUGUUGUGCCUGUCUGUCUGGACUGGGUUCUGUCAAAUACCAGUCAACAACACUCCUGCAAUAAACCCUUCCAGCCUGGCUGCGAAACUGACCACUAAUUCAGUGAUACUGACGUCCCCAAGUUGUUACUUCGACAGUCUGGCCAAUUUGCCCUGCAAUUCUACUACUACCUGUGAAUUAUGGCUCGUAUCGGCCAUAGAUACAGGAGUGAGCAAUUAUGAUGCCGACAAGAACAGGUCCUUCAUUGACACCCUCUCUCCUUAUCCAACCGCCUUCUCUUCCAACACCUCAAAGAAAUACUUCCUGACCAAGUUGGGGCUUCAGAAAGACUACCCCUGCCCCAUCGUCGCUGGAACAGACUACUUCAGGGUUGGCUCUGACGGUAGCUGUUCCACUACGAACUGUAAUGGAAUAUUGCCUGUUGGCUCCACUGCCAGAUUUAGGUAUGUUCUUAUCAACCCAGAGAACAAAACAGUUGUUGCGGAGAGUUUGUGGUCCAACAACAUCACUCUUUACCCUUUGAAAGACCUUGAAAGCAUUGGGAAUGGCUUUGCUGGAAGGUCUGCGUCCAUGAUUGUCAUUACAUCUAUCCUGUGUUCCUUCCUGGCCUUGCUGCUGCUGCUAUUGCUCAUCAUGCUGAGCUAUGUCCUUUGCUGUCGGAAGGAGAAAAAGGAAAUCCAAGUUCCAGGAUCAGUGCGCAUGUAUGACACUCACAACUUGAAGGAGCCUUCCCCCUAUGUAAACCGUGCUUAUGAGGAUGAGCCACAGAGACCCACAGCCAUUAGCCCCAUUAGGCUCAAGAGCUACACUGACUAUGAUUUGAAAAAACCAGCCACAGAAUUGUAGUAAGUGUUUAUGAGAGGAAAAUGGUGCACUUAGUGGUUCAUUGACACAACAUAAAUUUCUUACUGUCAUUCAUGAUCAAUAUGUUUAUUAUAUUAAGGCUGGGGGUUUGAUAGCUAUUUAGAGGUCUAAUUUUGUUGCUUCAUUUAAAAUAGCUGGAGUCGAGUCCUAUGUUUAAAAUACAAUGUUAAAUUUACGUUAUAGGCUAAAUUUAUUUGGAGGCAAUGACUUGUGUCAUAAAUAUAAUCUAUUUAGACAAAAAAAUAUGCAAUUGAGUGCACCAAGCUAAUCAAAACUAAUUUUUUGAACUAUAUAUUUAUAGUUAUUUUUCUCCCUUUUUACAAUAAUCAAAAUAGAAAGAGACUUUCAUAAUACUCCAUUUCUCUCAUAUCUCCUAUAUGCUGUCAUCAUUGCUGUGUAGUGUGUAAAUGGGUCAUUCUAUGAAAAUGAACAUUAAAAAAAAUUGUUUAGCAAACUUUGUCAGAUAAUAGCUAACCCCUUAACAUUUUAAAUCAACAUAAAUGACAGCUGGGGGUGAUGCCUGUGCUGAAAGGACUAGUAAUAAAGGACUGCUAACCUACAAA